GCUGCUCUGUACAGACUGAGGACAGAGAUCAAAAUGUUUUUCCCAGCAUUGCUGCUAAUCUGCUCUCUUUCCAGCGCUCAGCUGCAUGCUGUAGCCGACAGUGAAAUCAGGCUAACUAGAUCACAGGAAGGAGACACAGAAAAUCUUUCAAAUAAUCAGCAAACCUUCACGCAGGACAUCAAUGCCGUGCUGAGAGAGAUGAGCGCUUCACUGGCUGGACUGAAGGUGGAGUUCAGGUGCUUACAGAAAGAUCAUGAUGCUAAGACCAGAGAACUGGAGUUGCUAAAGAAUGAGUUGGAAAAGAUAAAGCAACAGUUCCAAGCACAGGUAGAAGAGGUGACCACAGUCAAAGCCUUGGCAAACAGCACUGAACACCAAGUGGAGGUUUUGUGGAAAGAGGGAAAAGAGCAAGUGACAAAAGUAAGACGUCUUGAGCAGCAGUACCAAGCGAAACAAGUGGCUUUCUCCGCCUCAGUGUUCACUGGAGGAGCUCAAGAACAUGUCGGACCAUUUAACACAGACACAGUUCUGAUCUUCAGACAUGUUGCUACUAAUACAGGAAAUGCCUACAACCCGCAUACAGGGAUUUUUUCUGCACCCGUCAGAGGAGUCUAUCAUUUUGAGUUCUACCUUCAUGGCCAUGGACAUGCGUCACAUCCUACAGCUGCUUCGUUGGUCAAGAAUGGGCAGCAAAUCUUCACUGCCUAUGAAUGGCAAUCUUCCAGGUCUGUUAAUCCCUCUAAUGGAGUGAAUUUACAUUUAGAGUCUGGAGAUGUUGUUUUUGUGCGUCUCUGGCAGAACGCAAGAAUUUUUGACAAUGGUAAUUAUCACACAACCUUCAGUGGCCAUCUGCUUUUCCCUUUGUGAGCACAAAACUUUUCUGAUUCUCUUUGCCCAUCAGGUUUUAGUUUUGCGACUCAUAAUCAAACUUUGCAGAAGGUUGCAUUUUUACAUAAUGUUUUGAUGAUGUUCAAAUAAAUAUUGGCAGCCGAAUUUGCUGGCUUGACCAGUACAGUACUGGGAUAUACUUAUGAUCAGCUUUACAUCAGCAAGUUCAAGUGUCUGUAAUUUUACUCAUGCAGAAAAGUAAAAUCAAAUCUUUAAAAAUAUUGUUUAUUUCAGCCUUUAUUGUCUUUUAAACAUUUAAAUAAUUGCCUAAUUUGGAACAAAAAAAGAAACCGUAAUGAAGAAUAAAGAAACAUAAAUAUAGAACCAGAAUUACAAUCAAAAGGGAUAUAAGAAAUUCAAUCAUACAAUUUUUAAACAGAAUUAAGAGUAUUCCUGAAAAUUAUAUAUAGGACUUUAAUUCUCAGCAUACAUUAAAUGUUUAAUCGUGUUUCUGCACUAACUUACAAUAUGCCAUGAUGACGUUGUUUGUUCUAAUUGUAAAUGUUAUAUUUUAAUUUGCUGUAAGCUGAAAAUCAUUAUAACAUAAAUAAAGGUGUUUCAAACUAUUAUAUUUCAAAUAAAAAUGUUAAUGAACUUUUCACUCACAUCUUUGUUCAAACUUUGCAUCAGGUGGAUUUUAUUGCCAGGCUUCAAAAUACAAAACAAUGAAGAAAAGCAAAAGAUAGUCAUUUGCUCUAAAUUUGUUGAAAUAGUAACCAUAAGGAAAAAGAACGACAGUCUGAUAAUGUUAUGAAUUUUCAUCUUCGUCACCUGAUCAACAUCAGACUUUGAAAAUAGUGUACAAUGUUAGAUUAAAAGUGCAAGAUCCUUUCCUUAUUAAAAUAAAUCUGUGGAAUGUCAUUAUCUGUUCUUCUUACAAGGUGUCCUUUUUUCUGUUUGUAUAGAAAUGUGUUUUAUCAAUAUUGCUGAUGUAAUGCAAAAUUCAAGCUAUUCUGACUAACGAAAUAUAGUGUAUCUGAUUAAUUUGUUUGAGGAGUUUGGAAAGCAACUUGUUUCUCUGACAAAAUUAAGAAGAGAAAAGUAGUGAAGCUGCUCAGAGGUCUGACCUGCAGUUUUGUACCAACAGCGUAAAACACUGGAAAUACUUCAUAUUAGCUUGGUGUGAUGUGAAUUUUAUUUUUUGUUGGAAUUUUUAAAAAAGUAAUAAAGUUCACAUUGACUAAUGGUUUAA